AUGGCUCAAGAAAGGAUGCCCGAGCUGACCGAGCUCAUCCGCAAAAUCUACUACCGCUUCCCCUCCGAGACGUGGGAGCGCACCCGCACCCUGCUCGACCACCACCCGCCGCACCACCUCUUCGCGCACGUCGAGGACCUCAUCGCCACGCGCGCCGUCGACCACGUCCUGCGCUCCGACGCCGCCUUCCACCGCCUCGCGGCCGAUUUCUACGGCCCACGGCACCCCUGGCUGCGCGACGCGGAUCUCGGCCAGGCGCGCUGGGAUGAGUACGGCGAGUUCACGGCCCGCAGCGCCGCGGCCGAGGUGCAGGCGCAGACGCAGACGCAUGACCAGGCCGCGGCGAGGAGGGCGCUGUUGCUGCGCAAGAUUAGAGAGGGCGGGGAUGUGGAGCGCUGGCGGCGGGUGCUCGGGCUCGAGGAUGCUGUGUUUUCUGAACAGGAGAUCCGCGGGAACGGCACGGAAGGGCCUGCCUUCGGGAGGGGCGAGGUAAGAGUCGCUAGGGGUGUGGAGGUCAGCGCGUGUAUUGACGGGCUCGGGGGCGAGUAUGGCCCGGAGACGUGGGUGCGCGCGGAGGAGGAGGAGAGGGUUGCGCAUGUGGGCGUGCCGAGGGCGCCUGGCGAUGGCGGGGAGGCGCCGCGGAACCCGUUCACGACAGAGUGGGUGCCGAGGGCGACGCCGGGCGGGGAGAAGUUUCCGGAGACGUUUGAUCCGUUGUAUACCAGCAACCAGUUCAUCCGGCGGUCGAAGAAGUACGAGCAUCCGAAGAUGCCGGUGCAGGAUGAGGACGAGGAGAUGGCUGGGGAGGAGGAUCCCGAAGCGAUGGCGGCGCAGGCGGGUGUCACGACUUUUACGAAGCUGAGGAGGGGGGAUUCUUCGACCGUGACGCAGAAUUUGCCCCUUCCGACUAACACCGGCGACGUGGGUAACAUCCAGCUCUUCGGCGGACACACCGUCCCGUCGUCGCCAGCGAGGCCACUUAUACCGGGCUUCACCAUCAGCACCAGAACAGAUAACCCGCAGACAUCCCAGCCGGUGACGCACCCGUCCAUCGUCGUCACCGACACAUCCUCCACAGGCCACACCGUGCCCCUCUUCGGACGCAUAUCAACCACCACAGAGCAGACCGAGGCCCCUCUACCAGAAACACCACGCAUCCACACCCCUUGGCGCCAGGAACUUCCCCCUUCCCCCAUCCCAGAAGACGAGCUCCCGUCCCCCGCCGAGGAGGUCGAAAUGGCUGACUCCGACUCCGACGCCGUCUCCAUCGUCUCCUCCAUCGACCCAGCCUCCACAACCUGGCUCGAGGACUUCCUCCGCGCCGAGCCCGGCGUGCCCGCCUCCGACCUCGAGAUGAUGACCUACCGCGGCUGGCGCAUCCACUCCCCGCGCAUCCAGCUCAUCCGCAUCAAGAACUUCCUCGCCGACGAGGACGUCGACCGCACCAUCGGCUGGGCCGCCAAGUUCGCCGAGGUCGUCCUCUUCCUGCAGCACUGCAUGCGCCUGCCCGACGCAGCACACAAGAGCUGGUGGGACGACCUCCGCGAGGCCAUCAAGAUGGCGCACACGCACCAGCUCUUCGAGCAGCACCACUACGGCGCGCAGCGGCUCGUCGUUGACUUCCCCGAGAUGAGCGCCGCCAGCACGCGAUUGCCGCAGGUCCAGGGCGGGCGAGGCGUCGUCGUCGAGGAACCCCCGCAGGAGCCGGUGCGCCCGCGCUAUCUCCUCCACCGCGUGCCUGAGUCGUUGCAUGAUGUGGAUUACCAGAUCCCCGCGCCGCUGCUGCGCAACACGUUCCUGACGUGGUUCCGCGAGGACGGCAACCUGGUGUGGAUGAGCACCGGCAACGGCAACCCCGGCUCCGGGGACCGCGGGAAGAGGUUCGGGUACGAGCCCGACUUCAACAUGGCGCUGACCGAGGACGCGUGGUUCGGGAAGUGCCUCGCCGGCGGCGCGGAGACGACGGCCGCGAGUCUCCGCGGUGAGGCGAACUUUUACAUCCUGUCUGACGAGCAUGUGCCUGGCGAGGUGGAGGAGGUGACCGUCAACGGCACCACGCAUAAAGUCACCCCGCUGUUCCCCGAGGGCGAGACGCAGCAGCGCUUCGCGCGGUACCGCGGCGCGAAGCGCGCGGCGCUGCAGCUGUGCCUGACGCACUUUGACGGCGUCGAGAACGUGGCGAUCCAGGGGCCGUUCCGCAAGCUCGUGAUGCCGCUCACGAAGCGGCAGAAGGCGGCGGCAAGGGAGGCCGCGGGCGAGGGGAUCGUGUACAAGCCGCACGCGCUCGAGGCGCCGCCUGAGGGGGCCAAGGUCGACCCGCUGGGGCUGACGUUCUGGCACCAGAAGAUGCGGGAGAGCCACUACACGAGAGCGAGGGCGACGCGGGACCAGACGGAGGAGGCGCACCGGCGGUUUCUGCGGGAGAUUGGCGCCGGCGGGGAGGGGGAUGAUAUCGUGCUCCCGCCGCGGAACUACCUCGGCCCGCUGACGGGGAUGAGCUACCUCACCGAGGGGGAAACGGAGAAGCUCGAGAGGAUGAAGAUGCUGAACGGGCUGCGGGAUAACCUGCAGCGGGCGUACAACCGGGCGCCGCGGGAGAUGCUGCAGGGGGUGCUGAAGAAUAUUGAGUUCGGGUUCGCCGGGGGCGAGUCGUGGGACGUCCGGGACGAGCUGCGCGAGCAUAGACAGAGGCACGGCAAGUAUCUCCGGCUGAACGGCGCGGAGCUGUUCUGGAUGGAGUGGAUGUGCGAGCCGUCGACGAACGUGAGGGCGCAGCGGGGCGGGGGGCUGCCGGCGCUGGGGAGGGAGUUUGAGGUGUUUGUGGAGAGGAUGGAGGGGUUGCUUGGGGAUAUGGACAUGGGGAGUCUGCUUGCGAAGGCGGAGGACAAGGUCGACGUGGGACGCGUGACGGAGGCGUUGAAUGUGGGCUUGAGGGAGGGCGAUUAUGAGUUGAAGGAGGAUGUUGUUGGGAGGUUUUGCAAGGUGCUUUCCGAGCAUGGACGCCUUGGAUACGAAGCCGACAACGGAAUCGUCACCAUCUCUCGGCCGCACUGCGACUGGCACCCGGAGCACCGCGUCUACUGGCCCACGGGCUCCGACCCCUGGGACCCGCAGAACAACGUCUUCCACCGGACCAACCUGCCGGACCCCAACGCCCGCUGGAGCUGGCAAACCGCCUUCGACAAUAUCAAGCUCGUCGACGCAACCCGGCGCGUGACCAAGACCAUGCUCUGGGCGCUCGCGUACCGCGUCGGCGUCGAGCUCGACGGCCUCGUGCGCGACCUGCGCCAGGUCCGCGACCAGCUGCGCGACGCCGCGGCGUGGGACCGCCGCACGGUUGGGCUGCAGGACGUUGCGGGCCAGUGGCGCAACCACUUUGAGCGGCACGGGAGGGUGGAGGAGGACGGGCUGGGCCCGCCGGUGUCGUAUGUUAGCGUGGUGCGGGCGGGCGACCCGGCAAAGUGGGAGCCGGGCAUGACGGAGCCGGAGGCGUAUGAGGUCGUGCGGAGGGGGAUUAUUGAUGAGUUGUCCGAGGGGAAGAGCACGCUGUGGCCGUCGCGUCCGCGGUUCUCGAAGAAGUUAAAGGUGGAAAAGGAGGUGGAGGUCGCGACGCUGCACAGGGACCGGGUGUGGGACUGGGCGGCGCCCGAGGUCGCGGGGCGGAAGGGGCGGUUUUUCUCGGUGAACCGGUGGCCGGUACAUUGGCAGAGCGAGAGGACGCAGGAGAAGAUCAGGAACAGCAAGGAGGAGGCGGAGAGGGCGCGGGAGAAGGAGCAGGAUGCCAUCAGGGAGAGGUUAGCGAGGCUCGAGAAGGAGAGCCGGCCGACGGAGGCGGAGCUGCGGCAGCGGGAGAUUGACAGGAUGCUCUGUGUGCCGUACCACGAGGGAGACGACCGCACGGAGUUCUUCCCCUCGGCGGAGUACUGGGGCGGCGACACGCGGUUGCAGAGGAGGGCUGUGGAGGCGCAUAGGAGAUGGGUCCGAAUGAUGGAAGAGCGCCUCGCGUACAAGCCCAGCAAGGCUCGGGAAUUGCGUCCUUGA